AUUCUGUCUCUGUUAUUAUUUAUCGAUGGAUUUGUCUUUCUUUCAGGGUGCUCAGAUGAUCAUAAGUUUGUGACAAAGACUGUUGAUGUUGGACAAGAUGUGACUCUUUCAUGUGCUCGUCAGGAAACUUCACAAGAAGAAUCCUUGUUUUGGAUCAGGAUCGUUUCUGGGACCCGGCCUGAGUUUUUGGGAGGAACAUUAACAUAUGAUGUCAAAGAUUCUAAGACUCCUCAGAUUACAACAAAUACUCACAUUACAGCAAAACAAGAGUCUGAGACCUUUGUUCUACAUAUUAGUCAGACUAAGCUCAGUGAUACUGGGUUAUACUACUGUUUGAAAACCACAAAGCUCAAAAUGACAUUUAUGGAGGAAAUAUUUCUGAUCAUUAAAGGACCAGAACCACAUAUCACUACCGUCACUGAAGCGUCUCCAUCUGAUCCAGACUUAGUGUCUCUACAGUGUUCAGUCCUCUCUGACUCUGACAACAAGACAUGUCCAGAAGAUCACAGAGUGUACUGGUUCAGAGCCAAAUCAGAUGAGUCUCAUCCCAGUUUAAUUUAUACUCAUCAAAACAACACUGAUGAAUGUGAGCGGAGUCCAGAGACUCACUCGAAGAAAUGUGUCUACAGCUUCUCUAAGGACGUCAGCUCCUCUGAUGCUGGGACUUACUACUGUGCUGUGGCCACGUGUGGAGAGAUACUAUUUGGAAAUGGAACAAAACUGGACAAUAAAGAUUCUGCUGCAGUUGACGUGCAAACAAAUAAUGGUGCAAAGAAAGAUUUGCAGAGAGGUGAAGACACAUUGGUUUAUUCUGCUGUCAUCUUCACCAUGAUGAACGGGAAACGUGGUGGAAGAAGGAACUCAGGAGUAGUGAAAAGAGAGAGGAUGUACAUGGCUCUGAAGGCUUUUAGUCUGGAUUAG